AACGGUCCACAGUUGACCUUUGCUGGCAGAGCACGUUCAGGGACGGUAGUAUAACGUCUCUCAUGUGUGCCUACGGACCUAGGACCGUGUGUGUUAAAGCUGGAAAAUGUUGAGAAUAUUUCGGAGAUGGAAAAAUUACUCGACGAGGAUGGGAUUCGAACCCACGCGUGCAGAGCACAAUGGAUUAGCAGUCCAUCGCCUUAACCACUCGGCCACCUCGUCUGAUGUGCAAGCAGGGAGGACACUAUGUUCCUUGCCGUCAGUGCUGAACCUCAGACUAAAGAUGGUGGACUCUCUGUACUACCUCCCGAACGACAUCGGCGUGUCUGCACUUGACUGUGGUAAGGCCUUCCGUCUGCUUUCACCCCAGGAGAAGAAGUAUGCCCACUACCUGUCACGCGCCGCCUGGUAUGGCGGUCUGGCAGUGUUGCUGCAGACAUCGCCUGAGUCGGCAGACAUCUUUGUCAUGCUGCAGAGGAUCUUCAGGAAGCAGACACCUUCAACGUUGGCACAGGUCGCCACAGCAGCUGGACUCAGCUCUGAGGAGUACCAGGCCUUCUUGGUGUAUACAGCCGGUCUGUAUGCCAACAUGGGCAACUACAAGUCUUUCGGCGACACCAAGUUCAUCCCAAAUCUGCCCAAGGACAAGCUGGAGGCUCUGGUGAAGGCCAGCCAGGCAUUUGAGGAGCAGCCUGCUGAGAUGGAGGCUCUGUGGAACAGCUGCUCGUGUCUCCUCUACUCUCUGGAAGACAAACAGAAGCAGCUGGGUCUGGGCGACAAGGGAAUUACCACCUACUUCUCAGGAAACUGCUGUUUGGAGGACGCUGAGCUGGCUCAGAAAUUCCUUGACUCAAAAAAACUGUCUGCGUACAACACCCGUCUAUUUAAGAGGGACAACGGAGGGAAAGCCUGCUACGAGGUGCGCUUGGCCUCAGCGGUGCAGAAAGAUUGUGCCGUGGACGGGGAGUGCGAGUCGUGCUGCGGCACCUUCAACUUUGAAGGCAAAGAGUUCACAGUGAAGAGGGGAGACUACGCUCCUAUCAUGGAGAGAGUCUCCUAUCACCUCAAACAAGCACAGGCCUACGCUGCCAAUGAGAACCAGAGAAAGAUGCUUGAGGAGUACUGCCGCAGCUUCACCCUUGGCUCAGUCGAAGCCCAUAAAAAAGGCUCCAGCUAUUGGAUCAAAGACAAGGGACCGAUUGUUGAGAGUUAUAUAGGUUUCAUUGAGAGCUACAGAGACCCAUUUGGCUCCAGAGGAGAAUUUGAAGGUUUCGUUGCUGUGGUGAACAAAGCGAUGAGCGAGCAUUUUGCCAAGCUGGUGAGCUCGGCAGAAGUCUUUCUCCCGGAGCUGCCGUGGCCCAGGGAGUUUGAGAAGGACACUUUCCUGAAACCUGACUUCACCUCGCUGGAUGUUCUCACCUUUGCCGGCAGCGGAAUACCAGCUGGCAUCAACAUCCCCAACUAUGAUGACAUCAGACAGUCGGAGGGCUUUAAAAACGUGUCCCUGGGAAAUGUGCUGUCUGUGGCCUACGCUACAAAGAAAGAAAAGCUCACCUUCCUGGAGGAGGAUGACAAGGAUUUGUUCGUCAAGUUGAAUGGCCCGUCGUUCGAGGUGCAGGUUGGACUUCAUGAGCUGUUGGGCCACGGAAGCGGAAAGCUGUUCGUCCAGGAUGACAAAGGCAAGUUCAACUUUGACCAGAGCAAGGUGAUGAACCCAGAAACUUCAGAACCGGUGUCCAGUUGGUACCGGGGCAGCGAGACAUGGGACAGUAAAUUCUCCACAAUUGCUUCCUCUUACGAAGAAUGCCGUGCCGAGUGUGUCGGACUCUACCUGUGUCUCAAAAAGAACGUGCUCAGUAUUUUUGGCCACGAAGGUGAAGACGCCGACAAUGUGGUGUACAUCAACUGGCUCAGUAUGGUCAGAGCUGGACUGUUGGGCCUGGAGUUCUACACACCUGAGAGCAAGAGCUGGAGACAGGCUCACAUGCAGGCUCGUUUCGUGAUCCUGCGCGUCCUGCUGGAGGCCGGGGAGGGCCUGGUGGGCCUGGAGGAAGUCACAGGGCAGGACGGCAAGCCUGACGCUCGGAUCACAAUGGACCGAAGCAAGAUCCACACUGUGGGCAAGGGCGCCAUCCACAGGUUCCUUUGUAAACUGCAGGUCUUAAAGUCGACAGCGGACGUGGAAGGAGGCCGAGCUCUCUACGACUUCUACUCCACCGUCAGCGACAGUGGCACCCAAAACUUCUUGCGUCUCCGGGAGACGGUGCUGCUGAGGAAGGAAGCUCGAAAGAUGUUUGUCCAGGCAAACACCAAAGUUAAUGGGGACAGCGUGGAGCUUGUGGAAUACGAAGGCAGCGCCGCAGGUUUGAUCUGCUCCUUCACCGAGCGCUUCCAGGACGACGCAGAGCAGCUGGACGCCGACCUCCUGGAAAUGAGCAAAAGAGAUGCCCCCUGCUGGUGAUGAUAGACAUCCGAUCCAUCUGAUAAAAUCUGUUCUUUUUUUCUUUUCUUUUUGCCAAAUGUAAUAGAAACGUUAUACUUAAUGGAUGUUAAAACAUAAAUAAACUUCAAAUCAAUUCAUAUUCUUGUAGAGGGCACUUCGAAAGAGGCUAAAUUUGAGUUUCAUGCUUCAAAUAAAGCCGUCGGACAGGAACGGAUUUGCCACAGACACCAGCCACAGUUUUGCCAUCCACAACUCAUAUUUUUAAAUUUUCAGGUUUUAAAUCAGGACUAAAACAACAUCACUCUUUUAGAUGCAUUUAGGAAACUUGUUUUUCAAUAGGGUCAGGUGAAGGGUUAGGGUUAGUGAAAAGUGGGCUUGGGUUAUGGUGUUAGGGUUAGGGGUGUUGUAUACUGUCCAUUAAACCAGCGUUAGGGAAACCCUAACCCUCUGACCAUCAGAAUGCAUGGUUUGAAUUAUUGCAGUUUUCACUUUAUAACUGUCGCAAGGUCAAACAUUGGCUUCACAAAUCUUCAUGAAAUGAUCAUUAUGAAAUAUUUUGUAUGCACUUAAAAAUUUCCAGUGGACAUUUGGCUAAAAUGAUUCCAUCUUUACAGCUUGUCCAUUAAGUUCAAUGUUUUUCCAGCCUUGGUGUUGAGGAUUAUUUGAAAGCUUAAGAUGGCACAAUAAUAAUAAUAAUAAUAUCAUGCAACAUUUUUGCCAGGUUUGGUAUAAAAUGUAAUAAUUACUUGACUGUAAAAUAUUACUGUGUCUGAAAGGCCUAAAAAAAAAACUCUGUACUGAAGAAAUCUGGUGCUGAAUCUACACAAUAAAAGUUGUUUGAUAAGA